CGAGCCCCUACCGGAGCUACCGGGAGGCAGUAGAGAGUCACAGAGCGAGUCCCCGCUGCCGCCUCGGAGGAGCCCAACACGGAGGAAGAUCCGCCGUGAACCCGGUGCUGGAACCAGACGAUGCGAGCGCUGCUCCCCGCCGCCAAGUAACACACAGCCAACUGUCGACGAGCCGAGAGGAAGAGAACCGUUACCGUGAUUUACCAACGGAAACACGCGAGAAGGGAGACGAAGGACGGACGGGCGGAACACCACCGAGGCCACUUCUUGAGAAACGGACCGACUGCGGUGGUUUGCGUCGAGUUGCGUCUGUGGAUCAAACCGACAGGAUCCCUAAUUUAAUGCGUUAACGGCACUUGAGAGCGCGAGAAAGGGAGCAGCCCAGAGAGCCAGAGGAAGAGGGAUCAAAGGAAAAGGAGGAAAGACAGAAAAAAAAGAAGAAGAGAUUGGCAACCAGCUUUUUUGGUUUCCACGCACAAGUGUCAUUGAAUACACCUUUUUAUUGUUUUGUCUUUUCCUUCUUCUUCUUUUUCCGUGGGUCCCGGUAUCGGUUAAGCUAUCAAGCUGUGUUCUCUAACCAUGGGAUGUACUCUGAGCGCAGAGGAGAGGGCGGCUCUGGAUCGGAGCAAAGCCAUCGAGAAGAACCUCAAGGAGGACGGAGUCACCAUGGCCAAAGACGUGAAGCUGCUGCUGCUCGGGGCUGGAGAGUCAGGGAAAAGCACCAUCGUCAAACAGAUGAAGAUCAUCCAUGAGGACGGUUUCUCUGGCGACGACGUGAAGCAGUACAGGCCCGUCGUCUACAGCAACACCAUCCAAUCCCUGGCUGCCAUCGUCCGUGCCAUGGAUACACUGGGCCUGGAAUAUGGAGACAAAGAACGGAAGGCGGAUGCUAAGAUGGUGUGUGACGUGGUCACUCGUAUGGAGGACACGGAGCCUUACUCCGCCGAGCUACUCGGCGCCAUGAUGCGCCUGUGGUCCGACUCAGGCCUCCAGGAGUGUUUCAGCCGCGCCCGCGAGUACCAGCUCAACGAUUCAGCGCAGUAUUACCUAGACAGCCUAGACCGGAUUGGUGCCACAGACUACCAGCCCACGGAGCAGGACAUCCUGAGGACCCGAGUGAAGACCACGGGCAUCGUCGAGACACACUUUACCUUCAAAAACCUCCACUUCAGGCUGUUUGAUGUGGGAGGUCAGAGGUCGGAGAGGAAGAAGUGGAUCCACUGUUUUGAGGAUGUCACAGCGAUCAUUUUCUGUGUGGCGCUCAGUGGAUACGACCAGGUGCUGCAUGAGGAUGAGACCACGAACCGCAUGCACGAGUCUUUGAAGCUGUUUGAGUCCAUCUGUAACAACAAGUGGUUUAAGGAAACCUCUAUCAUUCUUUUCCUGAACAAGAAGGACAUAUUUGAAAGGAAGAUCAACAAGUCUCCACUGUCCAUCUGCUUCCCUGAGUACACUGGUCAAGACACGUAUCUGGAGGGAAAAGACUACAUUAAGUGUCAGUACGAGAGCAAGAACAGGUCAUCCAGCAAAGAAGUCUACCCCCAUGUGACCUGCGCCACGGACACCAACAACAUCCAGUUUGUCUUCGAUGCUGUCACUGAUGUCAUCGUAGCAAAUAACCUGCAGGGGUGUGGCCUGUACUGACGACGACGUUAAAUAUUAGCCAGUGGAGGACAGAUGUUUGACUUUACCGUACCAGUUAGUCACACGUAUAAUGUGUGGCCUUUAUCAGUGCAGUUAAAGAGGGGGGCUGUGUUAGUGAUGUCACCAUAUGGCUUUACCUUGAGGCUCGACUCUUAGUUAAUGCAUUGGUUGGUUAAGUGGGUUGGUUGGGACUUAUUUGAAUAUAUUUAUCUCUUUGACUUCCUCGGGAAGCAUUACAUUGAAACCAAAAUUCCAAAUAUUUUGCCAGUGUGCUGCAGAAAUCCUGCCCAAUGGCUCCAGUCAACUCUCCAGGGAUACACCCUAUGACUUGUUUGCACAUGCAGCAGCACCUCACUCAAAGAACUGGACUGAUUGCUAAUUGACAGUCGACCGUCCUUUAGGACCAGAGGAGUGAUUUCCAUUAUGCCAAAGUAUUUCUCAUCAUUUCAAUGAAGUUGCCAGUCUUCUUUGCCUCAGACUUGUGCCUUAGUUGCACGAAGGGCCAAAGUGAACAUUAAUAUAUAAGUAUUUUGUUUAACUAGUCAGGGUCAAGCUCAGUCCACGCUGUUUACAUCAGAAAGAUGCUCUCUAGACAUUAUUAGGAGCAUGUGAUGUUAAAGUGUUGACAAGGCAACAUCCAGCUUUCUAAGAAGACAUUUACAAUGAAUGCUCAGUCAUCAGCAAACAAAAAGUGUUUCUCUAUGUGCUGUGUGAAAUAGCUUUUGUGCCUUUAUUAUGUUGUAUUUGUUGUGUACUUUGUUUUAUUUAGUUUUCUGAUGAAAGUCCUGCCCUGAUGCGCUGCAUUGGACUGUAUUGUUGCACUAUUGCAGAGCUCCAAAAUAAUCAGUAUUUAUUCAGUUGGACAUUAUGAACUAAAUCAUUAUGAAUACUGUAAGAAAAGAUGAAGCAGUCAAAUUAUUAGACACAAUCAAUCUUGACUCAUUAAUAUAAAGUGUUAUUAUUUUCGAAAAUGAAAUACUUUAUUUGUAUUUGUAAUAGUUGCUGAGCCUGCUGAGAGGCUAAUAGGAACCGUAAAGCUCUAUUUAGUCGGGACUAAACUGACGACAAAUUACAGACAUGAUCACCAUCAUUAUGUGUUACACAGGUGCCCAGGUAACCAGUGGUGCUUUACACAAUCAUUAGAAACACGAAAAAAUACACUUUAAUAAAAGAGAAACAUUCUAAAAAAAUAGGUCAUGAAAUAACAGGUCAUGGUAAUAAUUUCAUUUAUUUGUUUUGAUCAUUUCAUAUUUAAUUUUUAUGUUCUGUAUUUUGUUGUUAUAUUUAUUUUAUUUAGUCAAAGUAAUAUGAGUUAAAUCAAUUCAUUGGUUUAAUAUUACCCAUUGUGUAGUUAUAUAUCAAGCAGUGUGACAACUUUUAACAUAAUGAUUAGUAGGACCUCUUCUGGCCCUUAAGACACACACAUACUCCCCGUUAUCUUCUCUUUUUGUACUGCACGGCAUUUAAAGAGCCAAUAUGUCCAAUUUAAAGCCCCCGUGUGUCGGAUUCCUCAGUUAACAGUUUAUAUUUUCGCUAAUAAAAAGCUACAUCAGGUUUCCAGAUUGCAUGAAGGUCUUUGUGUUCCUCUUCUGCUCCCCACACACACGGUUUACCUGCAUGUAGCUAACGCCUGCUCACAUGUGAUUGGUCAAUACUACCUGACUACAAACUCUUCUGAAACCAACAUCUUGGCUUCUUGGUUCACAGGCAAAGUCUGUUUAUACAGAUUAUGGUUGCUUGUCAUCUUUUAUAAAACUACCCAGCAGGAGUUCAUGCAGCUGAACUGAAAUGUGUGUUUCCGUGAAGCAAAGGAAGCGCGUCAUUAGUGCCUUGGCCAAGAUGCGUUUCAUUUUUUAGAGUGAAUGUGUUUCGAUCCCUGUAGAAAAAGGUUAUUGAAAUUGUUUCAUCAAAGUUCGAAGAGGCAAGCAAGAUAUAUUCUUUUUUUAAUUUGAAAAUAGAUUGUGAAAGUCGCUAUCUCUGUUCGGAUUGAUAUUUCAGCCCCUCAUAUUUCAUCAGGUGGUGUUCUGACUCCAACAGACAGAUGAUGCACCAAAGUAAGCAUUGAUGAGAGAGCACCCAGGGACAUUGGAGCUGCACAGUGUAAUAUAUUUAUGAAGGAUUGAGUGCUUGUAGGUACAUAUAUAGUUCUCUGGGAUUAGAUUGUCAACCGUGUUACUAUUUUUUCAAUUCCGUUAUUUAGCUUUCUGCUGAGCGCGUUGCCUUUCGGCUUGAUAGUCUCGGUUUGAUUGAGGUUUGAUGUGCACGGCCGAGCUGAAAUGAAAAGUGGCGGGUGCGUUUUGUGGAAACAGUUAAAAAUAGAGCCUUGACAUUAAAGCCAGAGAUGAGUAUAAUGCCUGGAAAAUAACAAAUAUGAGCUUUUUUCCGUGGAACUUUGUUGGAUUGACUUCGCUGAGUGUGUUUGCGUCUUCACUGGUGUGAGUGCUCUCCGGCAAACAGAGGAAGUCAUCUUCUUCAUUUACCCAUGAGCAGGGCAUUCGCCGAAUUCCCACCGCAGUCUAAACAGCCUGUCUGCUUAAAGCUGUGAUUUUCAGGAGGUAGAUGAUGUCAUUGGCUCACCCCACUGCAUCUGUGCAGUUUCAGUUCUCAUCAGAGCGCUGCCUGAGGCUGUUGAUCAGCUGUGUGUGUGUGUGUACACGCGUUUCUGUCUGUGUAUCUUGUGUGUGUUUACCGAUUAUAUAUAGUUACCUCCUAUAUAUGUUGAUAUGAAAGGUCAGUAUGUGAGUGUGUGUGAGUAUGUGUGUGUGUGUGAGAGUGUGCCUACAGGACUGUCUCAGAAAAUUAGAAUAUUGUGAUGAAGUUCUUUAUUUUCUGCAAUGCAAUUAAAAAAACAAAAAUGUCAUGCAUUCUGGAUUCAUUACAAAUCAACUGAAAUAUUGCAAGCCUUUUAUUCUUUUAAUAUUGCUGAUUAUGGCUUACAGCUUAAGAAAACUCAAAUAUCCUAUCUCUAAAUAUUAGAAUAUCAUGAAAAAGUAUACUAGUAGGGUAUUAAACAAAUCACUUGAAUUGUCUAAUUAACUCGAAACACCUGCAAGGGUUUCCUGAGCCUUGACAAACACUCAGCUGUUAUAAAUCUUUUUUUUUACUUGGUCUGAGGAAAUAUUAAAAUUUUAUGAGAUAGGAUUUUAGAGUUUUCUUAAGCUGUAAGCCAUAAUCAGCAAUAUUAAAAGAAUAAAAGGCUUGCAAUAUUUCAGUUGAUUUGUAAUGAAUCCAGAAUGCAUGACAUUUUUGUUUUUUUAAUUGCAUUACAGAAAAUAAAGAACUUCAUCACAAUAUUCUAAUUUUCUGCAUGUAUAUGUAUUGUGUGAGAGACAACAUCAGCCCAUGGGGGGGCUUGUGGUGGAGUGAGUAUCUGUGGACUAAUUACCCAGAAAGCACCUGUCUACCCUUUCCACACAUAGGCCCUUAAACCCCCCCCCCACACACACACACACAAACACACUGAAGGCAUAAAUACACCCACGAGACUUCAAAAUGCCACACUUGUCCGUGUCAAAUAAUAUCACCAUAUCCAACCAAAGAGCUUCGGAUGUCUUUUGGUUUGUUCGCCAAACGUAAAGCCGAAAGCUUUUUGUUUAUAUUCUUAUCCUCUGACGUACAUUUAUUAUAUAAUUGUAAAGUUAAAUGAUCCUACUGCAUCGCCUUUGGUGUUGUGACUUUAAUUAAACAUGAAACAUUAAACGCUGUUGUCUUGACACAAUGACGAAUAAGUUUGAAAUCACUUCUGUCAGCGGUGUGGCAUCCAACACCAGUUUGAUUUGUGAUUUGCAUAAAGGUCCAACAAGCCUUGGGGGGGGGGGGCUUUCUUUAAAAGCAAUAUAGUACACUCACUGGGUGGUUUUACCCCGCCACUGUUGUAUUAUCAAAUUGGUUGGGCAUCAUUCUCGCUUAAUGCAGGGCAGCAGGCCCCAUUGUUUAGUUAUUUUAACCCCCAACAUGUUUGUUUCUUGCCUGAAAGCCAGAAGUAGACUUUAGCUGUGAACAAUGGACGAGUUCAAAUUAUUAUCCACCGUUAGUUUGCAAGCUCCAGUUCACAGGCAGUUGAAAGGACGUGCCUACAUUUGUAUUUGUCCUCGGGAGGCGAUGCAGACUGUACUGUCAGAGUUUUGUCUUCCAACUCCUUUCAUGCCCAUUGACCUCCGGCUGUGCACAAAACAGCGUGCGUCCUGGUUUCUUCUUCAGUAUCCUACACGAUGCAUUUAACUAAGUGCAUUGGAAGGGCCGUAACUGUGUUUUAACACAUUUAAAUUAAUUGCUACGUAUCGCAUACAGUAUACUUUCAUAACUAAUCUUUUUUUUGUUAACCUUAUUUUGAACUCUGACAAAAACAGGAUUUUUGAGUCAGAGUUCCCCAAAAACGUUAACACAUGCAGGUCCGAUGCCAUCAGGAAGAACUGACUGAUUUUGUUGCACAAUUUUGUCAUUUUAAAUGCUGGUAUAGUAUAUAAGGAUAUAAUUGGAGCACAUAUAUACAUAUUUAUAUAUAUAUAUAUAUAUAUAUAUAUAUACAUAUAAGCUCUCAAGCAAGAAAUGGAGAAAUAACAGCAUGGGCGAGGCUGAGAGGUUAGUGGGUAAUGUAGUAAUAACUAAUAGACUCCAAAAGGCUGCAGUGAAGGAGAAAUGUGUGGGUUAUGUAGUCUCAGGUUAUGGGAAAUAGUGUUUUUGAUUUGUUUUUAAGUGGAUGAAGUCUGAUGUGAAUAUUACAAUCAGUGGUUCAUUCAGGUACAACGGUCUGAUUACAUCUGCACAGCAGGUGGCGGCACAAAAGAAACGUGAGAGCCACUCAAAGCCUGAGCAACAUAAACAAUAUCUGAAGUCACACAAAAGCCAGCCCCAAAAAUUAUUUUGGGCUUAAAUUUGAUCCUAUGUGAGACGUAAAUGAUAUGACGUCAAUCUUUUGCUCUUUAUUUCUGCUUAAAAUGUUGAAAUCGAGUUUUACCUGAAGAUGCUUUUGGGUGGUCCAAUAAUAUGUCCAGCUCCCACUCAAUGCUGCAGAGGCAGGGAGAUGCUGCUCUGCUGCGGCACUGGGAGAGGAGGCCGCAGGGCGCAUGACCGCGAUGAACCGGUGUAGCAUUAUGGCGGCGGAGUGAGCUGGUAAAAGUCCUCACGUUCAUCAUGCUCUCAACUCUUACUGCUGCAGCCAUUUUACUUUCCAACCCUCCAACGUGCAAAUCAUUUAACCUCUAAAGUCUCUCAAUAGCUGUACAGAUCCCCCACAGCAACAUAUACAGUCCUGUUCAAUGUGGUUCUCUGUGUGUGUGUGUGUGUGUGUGUGUCUGUGUGUCUGUGUGUGUGUGUGUGUGUGUGUGUGGUGUAUCUUCCUGCACUCUAUAAGUAAAACAUCCGCUGUAUCCUUCCUCACUACUGUGAUAAUUUAUUCAAAGUUGUAUUCAUAAAAAAGAUAAACGACAAUAAAGCACCACAUGAGUAACUUGA